UUACUCGUAUAUAGACGGCGCACCCGUUACUCAGUAACGAAUACAUACGGUUUGCUACAGCUCUAAUAUAAUCUUUGUGUUAGAUUGAGCUCCGAGAGUCGUACAAAAAAAGGAUAAUUGUCUUGACUGCAACAUACAUUUUGAAUUUACAGUAGUAUGGAAUUUUCUCCACAAAUAAAAUGUGGAUUGGAACAAUUUGGUAACCCUAAUGUAUUUUCAGAGCCUUGUUUUCACACACUGUUGGAUUCAGUGACGUUUACUUUAACCGGGAAUAAAUCUACAAAUGUGUCGCAGCUAUGCAGACAAAAAGGUGACUCGGUGAAGGAAGCAUACGCAUCUGUUCUCUCUCUUCUGGUGGAGUCCGGCAGACACAAUGUGUCACCGAGUGAACUCUCAGCACAGUUAACACAAAACUUCAACUACACGGGCACCCGCAGUGCCAAGAUAGUUGAUUUGUACAAAGAAAUUAAGCCCAAAUUGCAAGUUGAACUCAGUCAUGUUGGUUUACACCCUCCACACAUAGUGGAUGCAACAUGGAGGCUUGAUUUUUGUAUCAAGACAAGCAGUCUGGAGCAAGCGGGAACAUGGUUAUACUUGAUACAGUUCCACACAGACACUUCUGACCCUAAAGAACCGCACAAGACGAUACGAUUUGUGUGCACUUUGCAAGAACUACAUGAUCUGGUUGCAAAACUUAAAAGUGCAGUUAAACAUGUUGAAAAGAUAGGCAAGAAGUAGAAUUACCAACGAAACCGAAAGAACUACAUUGAUCCAGAUUCACAGAGAUUACAAUUUUUGUAAUUUUUUUAUUUGCAUUAAACAAAUUUGUCAAAGUCACAA